GAUAAAGCAAAAAAUUACGUGGCCAUAACACUUCUUGAAGUUAAAUAGACUUGAGCCACACCGAGAGAGAGAGAGAGAGAGAGAGAGAGAGAGAGAGAGAGGGAGAGUGUGUGUGUAUAUAUAUAUAUGCAGUAUCAGUGUUGAAACGUUAAUGCACCAUUUUUUUUCAGUUCUUUUCAUCUUCCUUGCAAGCGUAUGCUUCCCAGUGCCAUAGACGAGGAACACUGAGCAGCAACCCCUCUCGACCUGCGGCUCUGUAAAAAUAUUAAGAAGCUGCUUUUAAAGGACAGAAUACGACGACCAACAGAAUCCAUCUCUGCUGGGAACUGUUCCAGUUUUUUUUUUUGUGUGUGUGAUUAGGUUUCUUUCUGUGUCUCCAUCGCAAAACUGGGAUAAAAGAAAAACAUGUGCCCUGAUACUUCUGAUAUUGAAAAUGGUGAAAUCAUAGUUUUAAAAGAUGGAGCCUACAAUGAAGACACAAUGAGAGAUAGAGAAGAAACUCAAUCAUUACAAGGACUUCUCCGCCGUUUACCGCUCACUGGCAAUGUCGGACGGCCACCACUAAGCGAGGUAGGAGAAGAGAUGCUUGCUUUAGGAAAGAUAGCAGGCCCAAUAAUUUUGACGACCAUGCUCAUAUAUUCAAGGUCUGUAAUAUCAAUGCUCUUCUUGAGUCGCAUGGGGAAAAAAGAGCUAGCAGGAGGCUCACUGGCACUUGGGUUUGCAAAUAUCACAGGCCUUUCUGUAAUGAAAGGCCUGGCCAUGGGCAUGGAUCCCAUUUGUGGGCAAGCCUAUGGUGCCAAAAGAUGGUCAGUCAUCAGCCAAACCUAUCUCAGAACUCUCUGUCUCCUUCUACUCGUCGCCCUACCCAUUAGCUUGUUAUGGCUCAACGUGGAACCCAUCUUGUUACGCUUGGGUCAGGACCCAGAUAUCACAAAUGUAGCCAAAGUUUACAUGGUCUUCUGCAUUCCUGAAUUAAUAGCUCAAGCUGUGCUUCAUCCAAUCAGAUCCUUUCUUAGAAUUCAAGGCUUAACGGCUCCUCUUACAGUAUCUGCUGUUGCUGCUGUUAUCCUUCACGCCCCAAUCAACUACUUUUUUGCUAUAUAUUUGAAGCUCGGAGUGAAAGGAGUUGCGUUAGCAAUCGCUUUUAAUACCAUAAAUAUGAACAUAGGCUUGCUAAUCUAUGUUGCUGUAUCAAAAAAGCCGUUGAAACCGUGGCAUGGAAUUACGGCAAGCUCCAUUUUCUAUGGCUGGCGGCCAUUGCUGUCUCUAGCUUUGCCUAGCGUCAUCUCUGUGUGCUUGGAGUGGUGGUGGUAUGAGAUUAUGUUGUUUCUUUGUGGCUUGCUCACUAAUCCCAAGGCCAACGUUGCAGCUACAGGGAUCCUUAUCCAGACAGCAGGAUUAAUUUAUUCAUUUCCAUUUUCACUAAGCUGCAGUUUAAGCACACGAGUAGGUCACGCACUGGGCGCUGGAGAACCAGCUCGAGCACAAUGGACAGCCAUAAUUGGGGUCGUUUUGGGAUUUGCAUGCGGCGUCAUGGCUACUAUUUUCACAUUCUUCUUUAGCUCAAUAUGGGGAAAAUUAUACACAGAUGAGCCACAGGUUCUUGAGUUGAUAUCUAUUGGACUUCCGUUGCUGGGGUUAUGUGAAAUUGGCAACUCUCCUCAAACAGCUGCCUGCGGAGUCUUAACAGGAACUGCACGUACUAAAGAUGGAGCUCGGAUAAAUUUAUAUGCCUUUUAUCUUGUGGGUUUGCCCGUUGCAGUUCAUCUAACUUUUAAACUGAAAAUGGGUUUCCGAGGGUUGUGGUUUGGGCUGCUUGCAGCUCAGAUUAGCUGUGUUUCUAUGAUGUUGUAUACUUUGUUUCGAACUGAUUGGAAGUAUCAGGCUGAGAGAGCUGAUGAGCUGACUUUGGCCGCAGGUGAGAGGAAUGAUUUGGAAAAAUGCUUACUUACGACUGAUCAAUGACACUCUAAUGUGAAGUCUGUUAUACAGGCAACUUCUAAC